GAGCAAGCAAAACAUUCCGCGGGUGUCACUCAGCAUGGGGUCUUGCGGCGCUCGGUUAUGCGAAGAUGACGUCGACGCUGCGGCAAUGCCAUCGAAACAUGUUCAUCAAUGCCUGUUUCCCAUGUAUGUUGUGAAGGUGCGUGACUUUCUUGUGAUGGAUGGUGUGCCAGAAGCGCACGAUGUAUUACUUCGGAAGGGUUUGCUGCACCAAUGGACGCCGGGCAUGAGCGUGAUUUUUGUGUCACACCAAUGGCUAGGCAGUGUGCACCCAGAUCCCGAUGGACGACACGCGGCUGUUUUGCAGGGUGCCCUGCAAGGAGUUCUAAACGGAUCCUUGCAAAUAGAGCUGGAUGUUGCUUAUGAUACGACUAUUGGGUUUGAAGAUGUGGUGGAGUAUGCGCGGCAGCAAGUCCUUGCGGGCUACAUUUUCUUGGAUUGGUUUGCCAUUCCCCAGAUCACAGCUCGCGUCGAAGGAGUGAACGAAGAGAGCACCAAGAGUGAUGCUGCACUGGCCGUUCAGAGCAUUCCGUUCUACGUUGAAACAUCGAGCAUAUUCUUGGCUUUGGUGCCUGAGGUAAAACAUCAUGACACCAGAAAGUAUUGCAAUUACGCAUCAUGGCUUUCGAGGGGAUGGUGCCGCGCCGAGCUGUGGUGCCAUUUGUUGUCCAACAAACCCGUUACUCAGGUCAUCGUGGUUUACUCCACCAAAGAGGCACAAUUCAUGUACCCUCGGGAUUGGCAGGAAAAUAACAUUGUCGAAGGUGACUUUACAGUGGAAAGCGACCGCGAUGUGGUCAAGAAACUUGGAGAAGUAGCUGUGGAACACAAGAUUCAGAACCUGUCUACUGCAGGCCCCUUAAGCCUGUAUCGAUUUUUUUUGGCUCGACGAUCUCGGAUGUUGGGGCAGCCUUCUUUAACUUGGGAGGUUGAUGAUUUUUUGCACCAUUUCAAAUUCCCUGACUUGGAAUCCGCCACCACUGACAAGAGCAGCAUGAACGCCCUUCUAUGUGCCACCUUCUCCGGCGACGUGGAAAUGGUGCGCUUAUUGGCGCACAAGAAGGCCGACCUCAAUGCCAACCUACAUGGUUUGGAAAAGCUUGGCUUUCCAGAUGUUUGGAAUCUGUUGAUAGCCGCCCUGGAGUCGCGACAAUCCCAGAAGAUGAUCAACACUUUGCUGGACUUGGGUUGUGACGCCAACUUUUGCACAUGGGAUGGUUCAAGUGUGGCGGGCUUCGCAAAGAGUCCGCAGCAGGUUGACGAACUGUCGCGUGGUCGCGCUGACCUGCACACUGCUGGCAUGCCCUUAGGCAUGACUCCCUUGGCCCUAGUGGCUGGCAUGUCCAACCUUGAGACAGUGUCGGCUUUGUUGCAACAUCGUUGCGAUCCCGACCCCCCUUUGUGUGGCUUGGGCGUUACCCCGCUGAUGUCUGCAGUGCUGCUUGCCCGAGGCAACUGCCGCGGGGUGGAGAUUGUCCGUACAUUGUUGGAGGCCAGAGCCAAUCCCAACGUGGCUGCAAGACCAACUGGGGCAAUGUGGUUGACCGAAGUUGCAGUUGCCAGGGCCAAGGUGGCUCUAUUGGGUCGUGAGACGUGCACCAGGAAGACACGUUCCUUUGCAACCCUACCAGGAUCCACAGUCUUGUCGACGGCCGCAGGUAUAGGCAGUGAGGAGCUUGUAGAGCUGUUGUUGAGCUACGGGGCAUACCCUCAACCCAAUGACCGUGGUGAAACCUGUGAGUUUUUGGCAGAAGCCGAUGGACACUACAAUGUGCUGCCAUGCUUCAGAACCUUUGCCGCUUGAGCUGUGCAGAUUUACCUUUUCUCUCCCGUUCCUGUUUUGCACCUUCGCAUCUGAUGCCGCAAACGCGGCAAUUUUUUCUCUGGAUAUUGACUGACCUGGUGCUUGGGACGGAAAA